CUUUCUCCUAUACGAAUUCAGAUGUACAACAGAGAGCAGAAACGUUAAUUUUUCCGAAAAAGUGAGUAGAAAUGAAGAUAAAUCCGCCAAUGUUGUUGCAAAUAAGCAGAUCCUAUAUUAAACUAGUCAAAGCUGACAAUUUUCAACUGUGGUUUGGUAGACAUUUUUCUAACACUGUAACUCCAACUACCAACUCCAUUGUUGAUGUUUCAUUAGCUGUUCCCAUUUCGGGUUCUUCCAUGGAAUCCGAUAACUCAAUGAAGAAGGCAACUGAUUCAACAUGGGUUUCGAAGAUUGUAUUGUAUUCUUUCUGGCAAAGUUCAUGUUCUUGGAGAGUUCGCUUCGCCUUAAAUCUCAAAGGUCUUUCUUAUGAAUAUAGAGCAGUCAACCUUGGCAAAGGAGAACAGUUCACUUCAGAGUUUGAUAAAUUAAAUCCUCUUCAUUAUGUUCCUGUUUUGGUAGAUGGUGAUGUGGUAAUUUCAGACUCCUAUGCAAUUUUACUGUAUUUGGAAGAGAAGUAUCAUCAGAGACCCCUGUUGCCAAUUAAACCUCAAUUAAGAGCUCUCAAUCUUCAGGCAGCAAGUAUUGUCAGCUCCAAUAUGCAGCCACUUCAUAUGUUAUCAGUGCUGAGGUACAUGGAAGAAAGGGUUGGUCCUGAAGAGAAACAAUUAUGGGCAAAAUUUCACAUUCAAAAAGGUUUUGGAGCUCUUGAAAAAUUGCUGACAGGUUCUGCUGGAAAGUAUGCUACAGGAGAUGAAGUAUAUAUGGCUGACGUGUUUUUGGCACCUCAAAUUGCAGUAGCUACUAAAAGGUUUGACAUUGACAUGUCUGAGUUUCCAACCUUGAGGAAAAUAUAUGAUUCUUGUGAAGCAUUACCAGAAUUCCAAGCUUCCUUGCCAGAACGACAGCCUGAUGCUUCCCCCUGAGCUUAUAUUUUUCUCGGUUUUCCACCCGGUGUCCGGAGCUCACGUUAGAGCUCCGACUUAAUCCGAGUCGCACUCUGCAGGAUCCAUUGACACUCCCAACAAGAUUUUCUUCGUACUGGUUAAGGGUGAAGUGUUAAAUGCACAAUUGCAAGAAACUAUAAAGUAUCUUUUUCUUUUUAAUAGAAAAUCUUAUGAAAGAAAAAAUAUUGUUGACGAAUAUUGUAAUAUGGAACUUUUCUAUUAUGUGACUGAGAAGCAUUUGAGUCGACUGUCUUUUGGAAACAGUCUCUCUAUCUCUACGAGGUAGAGGUAAGGUCUGUAUAUAUUUUAUUGUCUUUGUAUCUCCCUUGUAAUAUUCACUGGGUAUAUUAAUAUAAUCGUUGUUUUGCUAUGA